CUCCUUGAUCAGUGGUGUGUACACUGGAGGGAGGCUGUACCAGGCAGGAUAACUCCUGUAUUAUAGGUUAUGGUGCAAAAGUUAAGAUGUCCAAGUUGGGUCGGCGUGGGGGUAAGAAACAUUCACCGCGUCAACGUAGUGUGAUUGAUUUCUUCAGUAAUCCCCAGGCAAGCUCCAGAAGACGUCUCCCACCAGUAAAACCAUUUAAGAACAAUAAUAUCAAACCAGUUGCAACAGUGUCCCGCCCGACUGUCAACUUAGUGCCAGAACCAGCAACCUCCUCUGACUUCAUACUCAUUGAUAGUGAUGAUGAUUUUGAUGGUUUAUGUGACUUUGAUUUAGAAACCUCUUUUGGGAAAGAGAAUAAGCCAGUUGCUGAAGGAGGAGGAAUGGAGGAUGAUGAAGGUGAAGUAAUACAGAUGCCGGGGAGGAGGACGAGAACGAAAAGAUGUGUCAUCAGCUCCGAUGAUGAAACAGACUUAGAAAGCACUAUAGAAGACUUCUCCCCCGUGAAACAAAUUAAUAGGACAACUACUAUGAAAACACAUGGGAAUAACACCCAAUCAAAACAAAAACAAUAUCACCAAGAAAAAGACAAAACUCUCCAAGAGGAUGUUAUGGAAUGUCCAGAAGAAAUUUUUGAAAAUGAAAUAAAAACAAAAGAUGAAGAUUCUGAAAAAACUCCAAACAUGUUGAUAAAAAGCCCAGGGUUGGCGACACCUCACACACCAGAAGAAAGUGGUGCUCAGGACUUCUUUGACACUCUGGAUCAUCAGGAAACAGAAGUAGACUACAUAGAGUGCUCACCUCUCUCACCCUCAAUGGUAGUUUUAAACACCCAGGCAGUGGAUGAUCUCUUCACCUCCACAGCUGAGCAACAAGUUUCCACCCAUGUGAUUGACAAGAGAGGAACUAAAGAAAUAUUAACCGAAACGUCUAAAAGUCAUCAGAUGUUAGUGAAUCCUGCUACUCUGGCCAUUGGAAACCAGCCAUCUGCAACAACAACCAAUGCAAAUAGAUCUACUGCAACCUCAUUCAUUGCAGUUCCAUCCUCUGCAGCUCUGCCUCUUGCAAAUCAGCCUCCUCUUUCUUCAGCUAAUGAAACUAAAUUAUCUGCAGCCCCUCAUGUUGACACCCACACAACUUCUGUGAUAACAACAGCUAGAGGUGAACCUCAUCCUUCUGUACCUGACACAAGUUCAUCUUCUGCCACUUCAGCAAACACAAGACUUAGUACCUCAACAGCACCAGUUAAAAAUAACACUACCACACCAGUCACACACAAACUCUCCACUCCUUUACCUGAACACAGAGCCACUAUACUACCACCUGCUUGGAAACUCUCAUCUGUUGCAGCACCAUCUAUUCAUCACUCCCCUUCCUCAGGUGGUCUUUCCAUUGACGAGAUUUUAAAGCAUCCAGUGUUUAGGGUGAUUGACCUAGAAGAUGAAGAUUUCCACCUGUUGGAUACCCUUAAGCAUUCAAUGUAUCACCUGAUGGCUGAGAUGUUUGCAAACAUCCCUCUUGAUAUACUCCAUCAAGUGCCUAAUUAUGACUAUAUUAAGCACUUGAAGAUGCUAAAUGCAUUAACUAAAAUAUCAAAAUUCAGUGAGAAGGAGAAAGAUUUCAAGAACAAACAUCUGAUGCUUAGCCCAAAUGACAAACAUUAUAAACAAAGUGGACAUGCAAAGAAUAUUUCUUCAAUUGAAGAAGACUUUAAUUCUUCAGUAUUUGAACAACCAAAAUUUAGUGGUGAAACAUUAUCACGUCUCACUAAUCAUCCAAUUAAAAGUGCAUUAAGUGAGAAUGACGUAAAUGUUCAAAGGCUGCCAGGCAAGUUAUUGGAAAAAAUUAAGAAAAAUAUGACCAGUAAUUCGGAAAGUCCAGUUAGUGGAGUUAAUGUGCCAAACAGCAUGGGAGAGAGAAUGUCUGUGAUGAGUGGUGCUUCCUGUGGGGACAGUUUCUUUGAAACGACCUUCACCCCAAAUCAGUCUCACACCAAACAGGAAAGACCAACACCCCAAGUGAAUAUAACUCCAAAAUUCUCUUUUGUAAGGAAAACUCAACAAAAGUUAGGUGAAAAUAUCUCUGAAAAAAGUAAGGAUAUAGAAAGUGGAACAUUGUCGCCAGUUUUCAAACCUUCUCGUCCAAAACAGGACACAAGUAAAGCAGUUCUUACUCCUACACAAAGUAUUGAAGAUCCUGAUACUGCUGCUUUUCUUAAUUUUGAUGAAGAGAGUGCUGCUGUUGAGAGCCCCCAAACUCCACUUAGCAAGAAAUGGGGAGCUGACAACUCAGGUGGAAGCAGUAACAAAAGAGUUAUCGGUCAAACUGUCCCUCUCAAGAAGAAUAACACCCACAGUGACUUUUUUGAUAUGGAGGAUGACCAGGAGGACUUAGACGAGUCUGUAUCCUUGGCAUCAGGAGCCAGGCGAGGUCGAGAUGAUGUAAUUGAUUACACCAAAGCUCUGUCUAAAACACUAACUAAGGAAGUUAAAGUUUCACCCAAACCAAUUAUUGACACUAACCGUCGUUUUCAUGGUAAUGUAAGAAAUGAUGGAGCUACGGGAGAGUUCAGUGGCAUGAACUACCCACACACCAGGGAACUGCUAAAGAUAUUCCACCAACGCUUUGGUCUUCGAAAGUUCCGAGAGAACCAAAAGGAAGUUAUUAAUGCUGCAUUAUUGGGCAAGGAUUGCUUUGUGCUCAUGCCAACUGGAGGAGGAAAAAGUUUGUGUUAUCAGCUGCCAGCAUGUGUGACAGAGGGUGUGACCAUUGUUGUUUCACCACUAAAGUCGCUCAUACAGGACCAAGUACAAAAAUUAGCCUCACUUGAUAUUCCUGCGGGUCAUUUGUCGGGAGAUAUUAAGUAUCAAGAGGAAGGUCUUAUUAUGACUGAAUUAAUGAGGCGAGAUAUAGGUGUUAAGCUUCUCUAUGUUACACCUGAGAAAAUUAGUGCAAGUCAGAAAUUUGGUAACACCUUGGAGACUCUUUAUCAACGUCAGAAGCUGUCCAGAUUUGUCAUAGAUGAAGCUCAUUGUGUGUCACAGUGGGGACAUGACUUCAGACCUGACUAUAAGAAGUUAAAUGUCCUCCGUCAACGUUUCCCAGGAGUACCAUUCAUUGCCCUUACAGCCACGGCAACACCUCGAGUCAGAGUAGAUAUUCUAAAGCAGCUUGGACUUUCUGACCCAAAAUGGUUCCUUAGCAGUUUCAACCGAUCUAACCUCAAGUAUUCAGUGCUUCCAAAGAAGGGGAAAUCACUAUGUCAUGAAAUUGCUACUCUCAUAAAAAGCAAAUACAAAAACCAGUCGGGUAUUAUUUAUUGCCUGUCUCGGAAAGAGUGUGAUACAACCGCCAAUGACCUUGCAAAAGCUGGUAUCAAGGCUGUGAGUUAUCAUGCAGGAUUAACUGACAAUCAGAGAGUUUCUGCUCAGACACAGUGGAUCAAUGACAAGUUCAAGGUUGUGUGUGCAACAAUUGCCUUUGGUAUGGGAAUUGAUAAACCAGAUGUGCGCUUUGUAUUACACUUCUCAUUACCAAAAAGUAUUGAAGGCUACUACCAGGAGUCAGGGAGAGCUGGUCGGGACGGUGAUCAAGCAGACUGUAUCCUGUACUAUAGUUACCAAGAUAUGCAUCGCCUCAGGAAGUUGAUUGAAAUGGACAAAGACAACUGGCAAGCUAGAAAAACUCACCUUGAUAACUUGUGGCGGAUGGUUGCGUAUUGUGAGAAUAAGAUGGACUGCCGACGUACACAGAUUCUAAAUUAUUUUGGUGAAAUAUUCAGCCGAGAUAGCUGCAAGAGUAACCAAGCUACUGCCUGUGAUAGUUGCAGAAAUUAUGAAUCUUAUUCACUAGCAGAUGUUACAAGUGAAAGUCGUGCAAUUCUUCAGGCCGUACAGCAGCUAUGUACAGGUGGAAAAUGGUCAAACAACUUAACUCUCAUCCAUUUUGUUGACAUCUUUAAAGGCUCCGAAAUUAAAAAAGUGAUGGAGAAUGGACAUAAUCGACAUUCCCUGCAUGGAAUUGGAAAAUCAUGGGCAAGGAAUGAUGCAGAACGACUCUUCAGGCGGCUGGUACUGGAGGGUUACUUGCAAGAAGACAUGGUGGUAUUUAGAGAUGAAAUGGCAUGUGCUUACUUACGACCUGGGGCUAAGUGCCAGCAGUUCCUCAGUAACCCUAAUGCUAAGUUUGAAAUAGAGAUGAAGAGCACUACUAGUGUUGAGAGCCGAGCAGAGGUUAAUGCAUUACCUGAGAGUGAUGAGGAAAUGAAGAUGUUACAGAAUGACUGUUAUGCAUCUCUUCUUCAAACUGUAAAGGUUCUUGCAGCUGCGAAGGGUAUCAACUACAUCAACAUCAUCAAUUUGGCCGCCCUCAGAUUGAUGUCCAGGUCAUUGCCCGAAAGUGAAGAAGAAAUGCUCAAAAUCCCUCAUGUGACUAAGGCCAAUUAUGAUAAAUAUGGUUUUGCACUACUGGAGGUCACACAAAGAUAUGCUGCUCAGAAGCUCGUAAUUCUGAGUGAUCGAGCAGAAUCAGGAUCGUUUAAUACAGGUAAUACCACCUUUGACGAAGAUGAUGGUAACUCUAUUGGAUGGUUAAAUUCAUUUAGUGCACCUGUCCCUACUACCUCUUCAUAUAUGGCAAGAGGAAGUCCUGCCAGAAGAUUUGGCAGAGGAUUCAAACGCAGAAAAGGAUAUGGAGCUGGAGGAGGAAGACAAAGAAAGCGUGCUAAAAAAGGAAGUGGAGGAGAGACAGACAUCAGUGAUUUUGGAAGUCCAGCUAAAACUUCACGACAUGCAGCCUCAAGAAGUAAGGCAGCAGCAUCUGGUAGAGGUAGAGGUAGAGGAAGAGGAAGAAUAUCAGCACGUGCAGGCACAGCAGCUUCAAGGGGAACAACACAAGGCCCUAGGUUAGGUUUACUUGCGAAUCCAACACCAAGAUCAUUCUUGCCACAGCCAAGGGUCAUGCAAUGCUAAACACAAAGGCCCUGUGCCAGAUUGUUUUUAAAGUCUGUCAAGUGAUUGGGCAGUUAUUUCAUCAGUACUGUUCCAAGCUCUUAUGUCAAUGGUUUAUCCUGGAAUACAAUACAGGUAAAGUUACUUUCAGUGGUAAAUCUAGAAAUCUGAACAGUAGAUUUGCAGCCAGCUACAGAGGUCUUACUGUUCAUUUUAGGCCUAGCACUACAAAUUCCAGAAAAACACCAUAUCUGGUAACCCCCAUGUCCCAAGUAUGGCAGAUAAUGGUUCAUACCUGUUCCUUGAAAAACUCACCGGGCCAUAGUUAUUACCGUGAGUAGAGCUACUGGUUAAAUGGUUAAACAUGUACGGCAAGGUGGGGUCACGCAGCAUCCUGAAAAAUUCCUGUCCGAGUAUUUUCCUCUCAAAAUAUUAACUUGUCCGCUGGGCAAAUGGACGUGUAAAAUAACUUUUCUCCCGGAAACUGCUAAUCAGCACAGCCUGCCAUGGUGGAUCAGUAUGUUGUCAUUAGCAUCAUGGUGGAUCAAUAUGUUGUCAUUAGCAUCAUGGUGGAUCAGUAUGUUGUCAGUUGCAUCAUGGUGGAUCAGUAUGUUGUCAGUUGCAUCAUGGUGGAUCAGUAUGUUGUCAGUUGCAUCAUGGUGGAUCAGUAUGUUGUCAGUUGCAUCAUGGUGGAUCAGUAUGUUGUCAGUUGCAUCAUGGUGGAUCAGUAUGUUGUCAGUUGCAUCAUGGUGGAUCAGUAUGUUGUUAGUUGCAUCAUGGUGGAUCAGUAUGUUGUCAUUAGCAUCAUGGUGGAUCAGUAUGUUGUCACAGCUCAUGGUGGCGUAUUAGUAUGUUGCUCGGUACCAGGAGAGUGGGUCAGGAUUUUUUCUCUACGGUAUAUGUAAAUGGAAGCAUCACUCUUGGUUCUACUAAUAAAUAAAGGAAAAGAAAAACACAAAGGUAAAUGAAUACUGUUAUACAAUUCAUAAAACACUUCAACAACAUUAAA